CAAAGUCCGCUGUGCAAGGUGAAUCGGAAUCUAUUCGAUUUUCAGGAAAGAGCAAAUUCGCCAUGGAUCAUCAAGUUCACGAACAUCACAUGAGUUCUCCAUCAUCUCCUGGUUAUUUGCCGCAGUAUCUCCUUGGCGGCAAUUCGCCGGCUGCUUCGCCCUUCCCAAGAGCAAGACCUUUGGGCUCUUCUAUAGGAUCAUACAAUGGAAGCCCUGGUCAGGCAGGAACAUUCUCAUCACCACGACAGUACCAGCAUCAAUUUGGAACACCACUUAGAUCCCAAGGACUUGGAAACAAAUUAGACAGGACACCUGCAAGAUCAUCUGCUGUGGAUUGUACUCCAAAAGAUUCCAUCAGUGCACCUCCUGUUGAAGGACUUUACGAUGCGAGAAGUUCAGAUUUCACCAAUUCUCCUUUCAACAGAGAACAGCAAAUGGAUGUGACCAUGGCCACUGCUGUUAUGACAUCUGUUAGAAAGAGUUCUGGAUAUUCUACCCCAGGUGGUAAUGCCACAAUGUCUGGUGUAGAUUCACAACAUUUCAGUCCUCAGCAUGGCCCAUUGUCUUCACCAACACAGAUUGAUCCAUUCUACACUCAAGGGAUGGCGAUAUCAAGUGAUGACAUACUAGAUGAAUGCUGGGUAACAGUAUUUGGUUUCCCACCAGCUGCUUCCUCAUUUAUCCUGCAACAAUUUUCUCAGUAUGGUAACAUCAUGAAAAGUGUGACAUCCAAAGGGAACUGGUUGCAUCUUCAGUAUCAGUCAAAACUUCAAGCCAAAAAGGCUCUCAGUAAAAAUGGAAAGAUUUAUGGCAGUAACAUUAUGGUUGGUGUCAUGCCUUGUAUUGAGAAGAGUGUGAUGGAAACCUUUGGGAAAGAGAAUAUGAGCACACCAUUAUCGUCAAACAGGAAUGAAACCAUGAUGACAUCUCCAACAGCGAGUAAACCUGUUCCAGUGCGACCAUUGACUGCCGCUUACCAAGCAGCUCGAAGUGACCAUCAGGUUGUCUCCAAUGGAGCCAGGACUCCACAGAAAGAUGCAAACAUUGUCUCUAAAGCAAUGGAGUAUAUAUUUGGGUGGUGAAUGAAAGGAUCUAAAAUUCAGCAUAGAUAUUAUCUAUUUCAAAAUUAUUUCAGAAUUUGCCAUGCAUGUGAAACUAGGUAACAGAUGUGAUACUAUUGUUAUAGGAAGCCAAACUAAUUUUAGAGCUUAAAAAGGAGUUUGAAAUAUAAAGAUCCAAAGGAUACAGAACAAAUUAAUGCCUUGAUGAGGUUUGAGGACAUUCUUUUGAAGAACAGUAAAAAGAGAACUAACAGAAAGGGUAAGUUUUGAUCUGGACUGGCGUGUGGUGUAGAUAAAUAGUAAAUAAGUAGAUGAACACAAGUCCAGAAAAUGGAUCCUGGAACAAACCUUUCCUGUAUAAGCAUCAAUGUUUAUUCUGCAAUGUUUUUAAGAAUACUGACAUUAAUAAAGUCAAUUAGUCACAUAUUCAGAUAUAUGAUAAUAAACUUUUUUUUUGUCAUGAUGAAUGUCCAAC